GCACCAGACGCCGAUCCCCACCACCGCCACCGCCUCCCAACCAACCUCCACGCCCCCCCAAGCCGUUCCCUUCGCCUGAAUCUGAUCCCAUCCUUGGCCCGCUCGGCGGCGCCUUGCGAUUGCGGCCGGCGCGCAGGCUAAGAUGGACAGCGCCGACGUCGCGGCGCCGUUCGGCGCCUGGGCGUCGAUCCGGGGGUACUUCACCCCGGCGACGCUCUUCCUCGUCGUCAACCUCGUCAUCGGCACCAUCGCGCUCACCUCCCGCGCCACCCAGCAGCGCCGCCGCCGGGAGCACCACCACUACCACGACGACGGCCACGGCCACUACCACAUCCAGGAACCGCUGCACCCGCAUCAGCAACCGGCGUACGGCGACCACUACUACUACCAGCAGCAGCCGCAGCAAACUCUGUACGCGACGCCGCCCGCGCCGCUCGCCCGCACGUCCUCCGUCCUGGACCGGCUCGUGUCCUUCGGCCUCUACCGCUUCCGCUCCGGCGACUUCCCGCCCGAGUACGGCGCCGCGGCGGGGGCCAACCACGCGCAGGACGCCUUCGCUCCGGUGGAGGAAGAGACGGCGGCGCAGCAGGCGCACUACGCCAGGAGCCGGUCGGAGCCGGCGCCCGCGCGGGAGGAGAGGAGGCCGGCGUCGAUGAAGAAGUCGGGCGCGGAGGUGAGGAAGGCGCAGGCGGCCCGGGCGCCGCCGAGGGUGGUCGCCGAGGACGACUCCGUGGACGCGAGGGCGGAGCAGUUCCCUGCAAGUUUCAGGCGGGAACCGGCGCCGGCGCCGCUGCAGCAGGAGCACAACUACCAGGAAGAGUACGUUCCGCCUCCGGCGCGGGCGCCGGCGCCGGCACCGCUGGCGCGCACGUCGUCCGUCAUGGAUCGCCUCCGCUCCCUGGGCCUCUACGGCUUUCUCGCACCUGAGCAACCCGCCGCCGCGGCGACUCCAGCAAGCGCACCGCCGCCGGCGGUCGAGAAGAAGCAAGCGCAGUCGCACUACGACAGGAGCCGGUCCGAGCCGGCGUGGGGGCAGGGUAGCAAUAAAAAGGAGAAGAAGCAGGAGGCCAGGUCCAGAAUGGCCAAGUCGAGCUCGGAAACGAGGAAGGCCGCCGCUCCGAGCCGGGUGGAGGCGGCUGUGGCGGGCGAGAGCGUCGACGUGAGGGCGGAGGCGUUCAUCGACAGCUUCAGGCAGCAGCAAGCGCAGCACCACCGCGAAGAGGAGUACGUCCCGCCUCCGGCGCCCGCGCCGCUGUCGCGCGCGCCGUCCGUCCUGGAGCGCGUCCGCUCGUUCACCCUCUACCGCUUCCGCUCCGGCGAUCUCGGCCCAGACUUCCCUGCCGCGGCCGCCGCGGAGUCGACGCCCCCGACCGCGGACGAGAAGAAGCAGGCGGCGGCGCACUACGGGCGGAGCCGGUCGGAGCCGGCGGGGGAGCAGGGCAAGAAGGAGCCGAGGAUGAGCAAGUCGAGCUCCGUCGUCGCGGAGGAGGAGGAGCCGGCGGCGGACGCGGACCAGGGCGUCGACGCGCGGGCCGACGACUUCAUCAACAAGUUCAGGCAGCAGCUGCAGCUGCAGCGGCUCAACUCGCUGCUCAACUACAAGGAGAUGCUCAACCGCGGAGGCGGCAAGCAGUAGCUCGAUCUCGCCGGCAAGGACGGAGGAGAUCGAGGAGUCUCCAUUCCGCCAUGCAGGAAUCGCCUAGCUAGCUUCUGGGUAGGAUCCUAAUAUUACUACUAAAAUGUGUUUGGGUCAGCGAUCACUAGAGUGUGAAUUAUAGAAUGGUGGUUUUUUGUGUACUGUUAAAUUGCUUGUAAGAACUGCUAGUUUUUUAAAAAAAAAAUUGGAACCUCCUGAAAAUUAUCCGAUUA